AUGUCGGACUACCGGCGUAACUGGGACUCGGGGAACGGUGACUCGUCGCGCAACCGAGGGCAGGGCGGGUGGAACAUCAAGCGCGAGUCGUCCUGGCGCCCGAACAAGCGCGGGAAGAAGCAGUGGAACAACGGCGGCGCCGGCGGCGACCGCGGUGACCGCUGGACCGGAGCGAGCCAGGAGCGGCGGUGGGGCAACGACCGCAACGACCGCAAUGACCGGGACCGUAGCGACCGCGACGAUGACCGCAGCUGGCGCAAUCACGACGACGACGGCUGGAAGCGUAGCUCCGACCGUGCAGCCGACAACAACGAGCGGGACUACGACCGAGACCGCGAGCGCGACCGCCCCAGCACCAGCGCCUGGAAGGGCAGCAGUCCAGACGAGCCGAUCCAGUCGCACACGUCUCAGCACUCUGCUUCGUCUCAGGCUUCUCAGGCUACGCAGGACCGGGCACGCAAGACGGGCCGCCCGAAUCGAUGGGACCAGAGGGAACCGCCGAAGAGGAAAGAGCGGAGAUGGGGUGACCGAAGCUCAUCCCGGGGACGAGACGACUCGCCUAGAGGUCGAAGCGACUCGGAGUCAGAGGACGACAGGAGACGGUAUCGCUCGCCAUCACUUGAGGGCAAGCGAAGAGUCUACUCGCCCGCCCGAGGACCAUCAAAACGGGCUCGCGAUACGUCCCUCUCACCUCGAUCGCCCAGCCGUGGUCGCUCGCUCACUCGUUCCCCCCUCUCUCGUUCGCCAUCACCCAGGCGAAACGGCCGCUCUCCUUCCCCGUCUCGUCGCUGGUCAACCUCUCCCAAGCGGCGUUCGCUCUCCCCUCGUCGUCGGUCACCGUCACCCCGGCGACACUCGCCUUCCCCGCGCCGACGCUCGCCUUCCUCGCCUAAGCGACUAUCGCCCGUGAACCGGAAACGCUCAGUCUCGCCUCGCAAGCGGAGUACCUCGCCGAGAAAGCGUGCGAACAAGUGGGAUCAGCAGCGAUGGCAGCCCCCGACCGGCCCACGACAGCAGCGCGAGUGGGGCAAGGCUCAGCAGCCGUUCGCGCAGGUCUCGGAUGGGCCAGUCAAGAUGCGCCAAUGGGGCAAGCCUGCUAGUCCCAGCCGCUCGCCAACACGGUCGCCCUCUCCCACUGGCAGCCGGCGGCGAGAGUCCCCUCCACCACCACGACGAUGGGGCGGUGAAUCGCCCGUGCAGCGUGGUCAGUCUCCAUCCCGCCAGCAGCGGAUGCACGUCGACACGCCACCCCGCCAGCCCAAUGUUCCGCCUACUGGACCUAGGGGGUUCAGGCGCACUCCGCCGCGAGAACCCGGUGCAUUACGUUUGCCGCCGACGGGGCCGCGUAGCGAGCGAUCCCCGCACCCAGCCUUCAAUGGCGGACCACAGCGUAGCCUGCGCCCCGGGUGGCGACCCAUUGCUUCUGAGGGCUCUGGCCUGGAAGCUGAGGCGCCCGAAGUCGAAAUGGACGUCGACGAGGAACCCGGACCGCACCGCGCAGACAAGUGGAGUCCAACCAAGUGGGCACCCGUCAAGGACCAGGGCAGCAGCCUGCUCCGCCCCGAGGCGUACCUGGACCGCAUGGCGGCGAAGGAGCAGCAGUACGACCAGCACAUGCGCAAUGUCUCACCGUACAUCAAGCAAGCCUUCGCACAAUGGUACGCGCAGAACGCGACGCCCUCGCUACCCGAGUUCCUCAAUCACUACUUUGGCCGGGCGCCGAAUCAGGUUGAGCUGGACCAGAUCCAGCAGCUGCUCAGCGUUAGAAGCCAGCACGACCAGGACCAGAAGGAUCUGCGCGACCUCCACGCACAAGCCCUUCUUAGGGAGAAGGACAGUCUUAGGAAGGCUCCGCCCACUGGUCCCAGAAGCGAGAGGUUACAGACUGGAAGCUCAGGAUCCACCCCUGGCCCUCCAGGUGAUCGCCCACCACCGCCUGGCCCGGCUGGACGCGGCCUCGCCCCGCCGACGGGCAGCAGCGGAUCGACCCCUGGUCCUCCCGGCGUACCCGGUGCGGUUGCUAAGAGCAGUCGCAGCCGAGUCGCUCCUGGCGAAGCUUACGAACGGCUCGCCCAGGUCGGAGAGGGAACGUACGGUAAGGUGUACAAGGCCAGGAGGGUCGAGGACGGUGCCCUCGUGGCUCUCAAGCGCAUCCGUAUGGAGCAGGAGAAGGAUGGCUUCCCUGUCACGUCGAUGCGCGAGAUCAAGCUGCUACAAGCCCUGCGCCACGAGAAUGUUGUGCGCUUGUCUGAAAUGAUGGUCUCGAAAGGUGAGCUUCGUCAUCGGAGCUCAGAGCUGACAUCAGGUUCCGUGUAUAUGGUUCUCGAGUACAUGAACCACGAUCUGACGGGUAUCCUGUCCCACCCCGAGGUGAAGCUGUCGCCCGCCAACAUCAAGCCGUUGAACUACCAGAUGCUCGCGGGCUUAGGGUACCUUCACAGGCGAGGCAUCUUGCACCGAGACAUGAAGGGCUCAAACAUUCUCCUGAACGGUGACGGAGAGCUGAAGCUUGCCGACUUCGGUCUCGCUCGCUUCUACAACAAACACAAGCGCAUGGACUACACGAACCGCGUCAUUACGCUGUGGUACCGCAGUCCAGAGCUGCUCAUGGGCGAGACGGCGUACGGACCCGAGGUCGACAUGUGGUCCGCGGGCUGCAUCAUGCUCGAGAUCUUCACCUCCAAGCCCGCGUUCCAAGGCAGCGACGAGAUCUCUCAGCUCGAGGUCAUUUACGGGAUUCUAGGCACACCAGACGAGGCUUCCUGGCCUGGUAUCAAGGAGUUGCCGUGGUACGAGCUCGUGAAGCCGAAAGACGUCGUGCCAUCUCGCUUUCGCCAGAGCUUCGGCAGCCUCAACCUCUCCGAGGGGAGCAUCGAGGUCGUCGAGCAGCUACUCAAGUUCGACCCGAAGCAGCGCGUCAGCGCCGACGCCGCACUGCAAAUGGCGUACUUCACGACUGAGGAGCCAGCGAUGGAGCCCCCGACGCAGCUCGCGCUGUGCGGCGAGCACCACGAGAUGAGCGUGAAGCAGGGCCGGUACAGGAUGAAGCAGCACAGCCAGCACAGCCAGCAGAGCAAGUAA